AUGAGUGAAUUCGAGAUAGGUUCAGCUCAUGUGGCAAUAACACCAGGAAGCCAAUUAAUCUCCUCGAUUCCAAGGUUCAUUCCGGGUCCUUUAAGUAGCCCUGAAAGAUACGCUCUUGGUCUCAUAAACCAUCGGUUUCAGGAUGGUUUGCUUCCCAUCUCAGAGUCAAGAAAUGGCAACAAAUACUAUGCUGCCUUUCAUACUUUGUGCUCUGGAAUUGGAGUCCAAGCUCUUCUUCUCCCUGUGGCUUUCACUACCCUUGGCCCGACAUGGGGUGUAAUCAGUUUAUGUGUAGCAUUCUUGUGGCAGCUAUUUACCAUAUGUUUGCUUCUCCAGCUCCACGAAACAUCCGACACUCGAAUCCGCUAUAGCAGAUACAUUCAAGUCUUCAAUGUUGCCUUUGAUAAUAAGGUGGGGAAGAUGGUAGUGUGGUUAUCAAUUAUGUUUCUAUCUGGUAGCACAUGUCUUGCUCUGAUUGUCAUAGGUGGCUCAACCUUGACACAUUUUAUGCACUCCAUCUGCAACAUUCAAGCAUUAUCAACUGUGGAAUUGUAUCUGAUCUUUACUUGUGCAGUUGUGAUAGUAUCACAACUGCCUAACUUGAAUUCUCUAGCGUAUGUUUCUUUUGUUGGAGCCAUUACAGCAGUUGGGUAUUGCUCAUUCAUUUGGGUAGUGUCCGUGGCCACGGGUCCUAUUGCUCUUGUUUCAUAUGAACCAGUAAGGGCCGGCUCUCAAAUUGAACAGAUGGUCAGUGUGGUUAAUGCGCUUGGGAACAUUGCUUUUGCUUUUAGAGGCCAUAAUCUCAUCCUCGAGAUUCAAGCCACCAUGCCUUCAGAUGAGAAAUAUUUUUCGCAAGUGCCAAUGUGGAAAGGAGUGGUGACUGCAUAUUCAAUCAUACUUUUCUGCAUAUUCCCUGUUGCAAUUGGUGGCUACUGGGCUUAUGGUAAUAAGAUAGCAAACGUUGAAGGGAUGCUAUGUGCCUUAUACAAGUUCCAUUCACAUGAUGUGUCACAAUUUAUGUUGGGUCUUAUAAGCGUUUUCAUCGUAAUUAAUGCAUUAACCUCCUUCCCAAUCUAUGCCAUGCCCACUUUCGAUAACAUGGAGUCUAAUUACACUAGCAGAACGGAGAGGCCGUGCCCAUGGUGGCUCAGGGUGUCAUUCCGAGCUCUGUUUGGAUUUGGAUGUUUCGUUACUGCAGUGGCAAUGCCAAUUUCAGGCGGGAUAGUUUGUUUGGCAGGAAGUAUGACAUUGCCAGUCACAUUGUCAUAUCCAUGCUUCAUGUGGCUCAAGAUUAAGAAGCCAAGAAAGUAUACAACACUAUGGUGGCUCAACUGGGGACUUGGGCUUCUGGGCAUGGGAUUUAGUUGUUUGUUGGUUGCAUCUGGGAUUCACCUUGUCAUCCACACAGGCAUUCAAGCAAACUUCUUUAAGCCUCGGGAAUAA